AACCGAGGCUGGUUAUUUAAAUUCCUGAACGAGUAAAUAAACUAAAAACUCACAACGAUGAGACUUCUAGUCAUUAAGUAAACACUUUUCUCCUCUUUAUAUAUCAAGUUAGGUUCAAACUUCAGGGAAAAAGCAAGACUUUAAUGAAGACGCAAAGCAUGAAGAAAUGGAAGGAGGUUUUACAAGUGAGCUAAAGAUGCAAGACCUAGAGUAUGGCAUGCUUCCGAAUGAUAAACUACAUUCCAGAGAUUAUAAUUCCCAACGAGACGGUUUUACUACUGUUUUCUACUGCAAUGACUGUGAAUACCAAAGAACUUUGUCCAAAGGACACCAAAAAACUAUUUUAAACUCAAGAAGUAAUGGUAGCCGUUAUUCAUUAUGGACAAAAACUUUUACUCAAAUUGGAAAGUUAUCAAAAAUGACAUUCAACAUGCCGCAUUUUGCUGCAAGAUUUCUUAACUAUAUAUUAUAUUUUAUAGCAGUUUUAUCAAGACUUUUAUCUUGUUGGAAGUACAGUUAUAAGAGAAACUUUUUACAGUACGUUUUGAUAUUUUAUGGAGUAAUUCUUCUCUCAACUCAUUCAAUUGGUGAAGAACUUACAUUCAUGUCUCAAGGACAAGGAAAGCUAUUAGAUUCAUUUGUUCCAGUUGGACUAGGAUUUGUUUACAAAAUACCAAACAGAACAUUUGAUUGUGAUAUUGAAAGAUUAGAGGUAUCUGAAGGUAGUAGUAGAAAUCUUCCCCAGUGGCUCGCUUUUGAUGAAACAAAGCAACAGUUUGCUGGCGUUCCGUCUAUGAAAGACAUUGGAAGUUACGAGAUCCUUGUAGUAGCUUUAGCAAAAAGUGGAAGCAAAACUGGAAAGAUAUGUGGAAUGAAAGCAUUUACUAUUUACGUUUCUUCAGAGGACAAAAAUCCCAGUUUCGCUGGUCCUGUCUUUGAGAGCGUUUCAGUUGGUCUUGGAAGUUCCGAAACUUCGCCAAGUAAAUCAAACGAACAUUUUGUGUGUGAUCCAGGGUUACAAGCUGUGCUUGCAACUGUUGUUAUCAGUACUGAUAUCCACGAACUUGGCGGACAUAAACGCAUGGGAAUCCUUCAAGGAAUGGCACAACACAUGAACUUUUCUUUCAACAGAGUUGCAUUUUUUCAUCACGACAAUGUUCAUCCUUUGAUCUCACAACUGGAGAACCCGUCCAUUAUUGUCUCAGGUUCUGGUGAUGGACGCUACAAGAAAGGACCCAAAAGUUUACUCACAUGGAAAAUCAGUUGUGGAGCCCUGAGGUUAGGACCAACGUACCUCACAGAACUAGAGACCAGUGCACAAGAUGGGACAAUAAGUAACGUCCUUGGCUAUCCAGUCGUUGGAUGGCAUGUAACAUCAGGUGUCCAGAAGGCAAGACAUAGAGCUCGUCGGGCAGUUGCUGGUACUCCAACACCUACAGCAACAGCUAUCCUCCCCACGCAAUUUAAGAACGUCUCUACUGUCACUAUCACCAGCAGUAUUUCUUUGACAACAGCUUUUGUAACACCGAACUCUACCCUGAUGCCGUCUUUGUCGUUGUCCAGUACGCUGCAAGUGACACCCACAUUGUCAGUGUCGAUGUCUUCAACGUUAGCUGUAGAAUCAACGAGGAAUUUCACAUCUAGCAUGCCGAUAACAAGCCCUACUUUAGACACAGUUGUCAUAACGAGUACGCCAGUUUUGUCUUCCUUGAAUUCCACUACUAUUUUCGAGUCGGUAACCUCUUCUCCUACAGUCAAUGUUUCAAGCAAAGUCAACAGUACUUUCAUUUCGAGCACGAUGAAUAGUACGAGUACAAGCGUUAUUUUAAGCACUGUGUUUAAAAACACAAGUAGCGUUGUUUCUUCAUCAGUGACAUCUGCAAAUGCCACGAGUACUAGUUUAUUGCCUGUGUUGAACAGCACCUCUGUGCUAGAACUGGAAAAAUCAACCGUCUUCCUGUUCAACAGUAGCAGCAUCAUGACAAGUACAGUUUACUUAAUUACGCCAAGUUCAUCAAUACUUCUCCCUGAAAAUUCUUCUGCGAUUCUAAACAGUACUAUUAGCACGAUGCUUCCAGGAACUAACUUCAGUACAGCAAGUCUAAACUUGACUCAAACGGCAUCAGUUUUUACAAGUAGUGUGCCUUCAUCAUUGCCUGUCAAUAGUAGUGCUGUAACAUCAGUAUUGCCUCCUUCGACCUCAGUCAUGUCAAGUUCUGUUGCAUUGAACAGUACAGUGUUCAUGAAUCAGACGAGUACCAUUCAACCAAGCUUCCAGACAUCGUCUUUUUAUCCUCCUUCUCCGACAACGACUUCGAGUUUGACGCUGAACGUUACUAACAUGACGUCGAGUGCCGUCUCUUUGAUGGUGUCCAAUACUUCUGUUGUCGUGUUGUCUAGUUCUUCUAACACAACAGAUGAAGUCCUGAAGACUUCAGUGGUCAAUUCAAGUUCGGUUGUAUCUGUUGUGCCAACCUUGUCCACAGUCCCCAUCAUAACAUCAGUAAACAUGUCUACUACAGCGUUACUAUCAACAGUCAUGAACACAAGUGUCGUUGAUGCAACGUCGCAUGCAAGCUCGCUAGUCGGAAAUACGUCGGUCUUAUAUGUUACCCUGUCGACUGUGUCUCCGAAUGCUACACAAGGACCCGAUAUAUCUACGAAUAUCUCCCGAGUGUUACCAUCCACGAGUCGUGUAAUUAAGAAUACGACGUCGUUUUCCUCGGUUAUCUUGUCGACUGCGUCUCCCAAUGCAACUAGGGGACACGACGCAUCUACGAAUAUCUCCCGAAUGCCUUUGACAUCGACUUCAAACAUUAGUAGCUUUGUGAAUCCAACUCCAAGCUCUGAAUUAAACCUGACGUCUGUUACAAGAACAAUAUACUUGACAAACUCUUCUACUGUAGACUUCAACACGACUACUCUUCAAACCACGAGUGUUAACAAAACAAUAGAGAUUAAAGAUUGGAACUCUACAGUUGUGGGUGAUUGGAACACUGUUACAAUUCUACCAACAGUAACAACUCACAACUUGAGCUUCUCGUUACUGACGAGUACAGAGACCAUGAAUGCAUCGAUAAGUGUUACUCCAACCGUCGAGCUGUCAACAACGGUAGACCUCAUAAACACAUCAUCAGUUUUGCCUUCGUUUACAACUGUUAACACAACGCUAAGUCCAACUCUCAGCAUAGGUACCGUUAAUUCUAGCAGCACUGCACAUAUGUUGACGAGUUUUGCCACUGUCAGCACAAUUGCACUUAACAGCACUUUGCAUGAUAGUAUCACCACGAAAAGUAGCUCUGUCAUGGUAAAUAGUACUGUUAUAUCAACAUUAUUUCCAUCUACAUCACUGUUACUACCAUCACCACCAAUGACAAGCAAAAUGCCAUCUGUAAACACCUCAGUUACCAACACCUCAGGAGUGCUCAGAACUGAGUUCGUAUCAUCAACAGCACCAGUAGUACAGAAUUACUCUAGUUCCCUCAUGAUAAGCUCCACAACGACCAUCUUAAACACGACAAGCUCAAUACUGACCAACAAUCAAACAGGUUCCUCACGAAUAAGCCCUACAUUGGUGACUACGACCAGGAAGACAAUAAUGUCGACACAAAACGACUCGCGUUCUCUGGAACCAAGCUCUACACUGAUGAUCCUAAACUCCACUAGUGUUUUGCCAAAGGAGAGUGAAAUACUAACUAGUGUGAUAUCAUCUUCGUCCAUGGCGCUAAUCAACUCGUCAAGUAGGAUGAGCAACUGGUCUUCAAUGAUGACACCAAAUACAACGAGUUCUUCUCAGUUUAGAGUGGCACAGUCAAGCACUUUGGUAUCAUCUUCGUCAAUGGCGCUANUCAACUCGUCAAGUAGGAUGAGCAACUGGUCUUCAAUGAUGACACCAAAUGCAACGAGUUCUUCUCAGUUUAUAGUGGCACAGUCAAGCACUUUGCAGCUGCCAUACACAACUAUAAACACGAGUCAAGAUAUCAACUCAACUGUGGUAUCAGGUGUGUCAACGAGUAGUCCACUCUUCUCGACGUCAGUUCUUCCAAGUUCAACGAAUGACACUAUGACAAAGGUUUCACCAAGCAGCGUCGUCUUGGAAACACAGACACCUUAUCCCACUGUGACACCAAGCAAUGCGUCCACGGUCCCACUGUCGUCAGGUCUCCCAACUUUCUUAAAUACCAGUUCCUUAGUUGUAUCUUCAAGUAGCGUCAUCAUGGAAACAGCAAGCACGGUCGUCCUAGAAACAAGGACACCUUAUCCCACGGUGACACCAAGUAACACGUCCACGGUACCACUGUCUUCACGUCCGACUCCUGUGUUAUCCACAAGUCUUCCAGUUGUCACAUCGUCUGUUAAUGUGUCUCCGGGAUUCAGCUCGUCUACAAACUACACCAGUGAUAUCUUGAAUGUAACCAUGACCACGUCACUGGUUGAUGAGACGCCCUCAUCAAAUGCAUCAAGUCAGGUCCUGACGACGGCCACUGUUAAUAGCUCUAGUCCUAUAGUGUUGCCUUCAAGUGUAUCUCCAACAUCAACUGCCUUGCUUACCACUAGCUUGUCUAGUAAGGUUAUACCAACAAGAAGCAUCACCAUCAACACCACAGUUAUUACAAAUACAAGUGUAUACUUAGAAUUGUCGACCCUGACGUCAGUGCCCAGUGUUAAUGUCACUACCCAAGUUGUAACUCCAACCACGUUCAUUUCACCUUCGUCUUCAAGUCUCCUGGAAAAAACUACGACGGUUCUUAUAAGAAACAGUACGACGCCAUAUUUUACUACGACAACAUUUUCGGUGUCAUCUUUGCAGCCAUUGACAAGUACUUCUGUUUUGGCAAGUAGUACGCAAGUUGCAACAACGGCAUUGCAAACCUCAAGGGUUAUUAACUCGUCUGCUAUCUUCAGUACGUCCGUGAUAUCGAGUACAAUGAGCUCUUCCUUUAUCCCGUCGUCAGCUACGAGCCUUCCAUUCUCGACAAGUCUUGUUAUAAGUGGAAUAUCAACGGUUUUAGCUCCUUCAAGUUCUUGGAUGGAAAAUAGCACCGUCGUUACACCAUUUACCUCGGAUUCACCACAAACAAGUUCAUCUUCCAUCAGUUCCAUCGUCCUCUCGUCUAUUGAGGUAUCAACAGUGUUGCAGACAUCACAGAUCCUCUCUUCUUCCGUCCAACCACUGCCAACCAAUGUUACACCAAAUAACCCUCCUCAGUUAUACAAUGAAAUAGGACGUCUGACUGCAACAGCCGGGAAAGUAUUCAGAUACCAAAUACCUGAAGAUGUGUUCCAUGAUGAAGACGGUUACACCAGGAAGCUCACUCUAACUCUCAAACGCUUUAACGAGGAAUUUAUUGCAGAAGAACUUCGUAAUGAUUCUUGGUUGGCGUUCAGUGCUGAUAAACAAGAAAUGUAUGGAUUGCCAAUGGAGAAAGACGUCCCAAGCGAUCCAGAAAGAGGGGUAAAGUUUCUGCUUGAGGCAACAGACAGUGCAGGGCUGAUAGGAUACGAUGCGUUUGAAAUCCUGAUCAGGAUAUCAAGCAUCUCGUACACACAAUCGCUCUCUAUGAGGCUGGACAACGAUUUCAAUGCAUUUGAACGUAAUAUUUCUCAGAGACUCGAUCUUAUUAGUAGAAUUAGUGGAUACUAUGGUGAUUCUGAUACGAGUCAAGUCAGAGUGUUGUCCUAUAGUCAAGGAUCGAUUCUUUUUUCAUGGACGAAUGAUUCCCUCCCGAGCGACGUGUGCAACACAACCCAAUUCAACUAUGUUGCAGAGAGGGUGGUCGGGAGUGAUGGCGUUAAUCUAGCAUUCAAAGAGCAUUUAUUCCCUGAAUACGACGUUAUAAACGCAAACCGUACUCUGAGUGGAGUGUGCAAUGCAACUACAUUAGCACCCCCGGUUGUACCGGAUAAAGUAGUUGGCACUGAACCUUCGGGUUUAUGGGAGAAGCAUGUUCUACCGGGGAUCAUUGUAGCGAUUAUUCUCAUCAUCAUAGCCGUGUUACUUCUACUGUUGUUUCUACGGCGAAGACGAGSCAACCCAGCGGACCCAGAAAAACGAACCUACAAGAAGCGCAAGCCGAUCAUCCUUGAACCGGAAAUGGAAAUGAAACCUCGAUCUGGGAAACCGCUGAUCUUAGAGAACGACGAGCUCAGCCAUCCGCCGUCAUAUAUGUCUGAGAUGUCCCUGGAUAACACACUGUAUUACGACAGCGAUGAUUACGAUCAAGAGGAUUACAAACCAAGUGCGUCACGAUCGUCACCUGUGUACGAGACACCGCCCCCCGAGUACAAUGUACCUCAAGAACCGCUCAAACAGCCUCCCCCUGCUUACAGACUACCACCUACGUUCUACUCGUAUACGCUACCACCAUUGGAGACAAGUAGUGAUSUGUGAUAUACGGGAUUUGUACACCGGCAUAUGGCUGCAUAUGAUAAAGUUAUUUUGCUGUAACGUUUUGGAGUGGUCUUACUCCCCCUAAAAUAAUAGUAAUGUCAAACACUUAUCUUGCUUCCUUUCCGAGUGUUGACAUACAGUUUCAGAGGGAAAUAAAAUCACUCUAAUACUUCGCUUAUUUUUGUUAAUAACAGAAACAAAUGAUUAUUUAUAUUAAUAUUACAAGCGCAUGGCAAGCGGGUUCAGUUUGUUAGCUAUGAACAGUCCCGUAUCUACACCUGUUCCCCGGUUCCAUGCGCUAACCGAUUUUACUAUGAUUUAGCGGGUUACUUUUAUUUUUAUAUUUUUAAGGGUAAUUCCUCGGAAAAUUUAUUUCUGAAAACAUCGUUUUUGAUUAUAUCUCAAGGAUGUUUAUACUUUUUUAUUCUUACGCGAUCUAUGCAGUUCUAAUCGUGAUGGUCUUGCUUCUGUAUUGACUUGAAUUCGUUGUUUAUAACUCGAAGAAUUAGCCCAAAGAAUCGAGUGCCUGGGUCGUAAAGCAAGGAAAAUACGGUUUUUUUUUAAGAAAUGAAAAAUUGGUUUUAAUAAAUCUAUUAGUAGAGUAAUUUUAUUGAACGCCUGGAAAAAGAACAUUUAGAAGUAGUGUCUACUGAUGCGUAGUAGACUAAUAUAGAUUUUACGGAUUAAAGUGCUUAUAAGCCUUUACACAAUAUUUUCAGAAUUGAUUCUUUAGAUAKUGGAUAGUUGAUUGUGAAAAUAUUUCGUCAUUUGAAUGUUGGGUCUUUAAGAUACCAAGGUUUAUAUUCCCAGUAUGUUGAUUAUUAUGACGUAACAUAAGGGAUCAUUUAAUAUACAACACUGCACUCGUUCUGGAAUGCAGUAUUUUAAAAGCAUCACCCUUUUACUCGUGACUCACGUAAAGGUUCUUACAAAUUUGUUUUCA